AUGGUAGCUGUGAUGCGGGACUUCCUUGACGCACAAGAGCAGAGAGAGAAACGUUAUCUUCUGGAGCUACAGAAUCUACGUGAGUCCAUCUUGCAAGAGAAAUUCAACAUCUCUCCAGAAACCUACCGUCAGCGGUUCCGUGCUGCUUUUACUCCAGCUGGGGAAUCACCAACUGAGACCUACCAUCAGUUGCGGAACUUGUACUGUCGUUGGGUGAGGCCUGAGCUGCAUACAAAGGAGGAAAUCGGUGAGACAAUUGUCUUAGAACAGCUACUCCGUGUUCUUCCACAUGAGAUCAGAGUGUGGGUGAAGGAACAUGAGCCCACCACUGGACUUUAUGCUGCAAAACUGGCUCAGCAGUACAUCAAUGCUCACUGUGGAAGUCAGCGCUCUCAACCCAUGAAAGGUAACUUUAAAAAUGCUCCCAGUAGCUUUGAGGGACCUCAGGGUGGCUUAAACGUAAUUCAUGGACAGAAAGUAGCUCCUGAAAAAAGACUUGUCUGUUUUUAUUGUCAACAACCAGGCCACAAAGCGACAGUGUGUCCAGUUCGUAAAUCCAAACUAACUGGCUUUUGCUAUGUUCCAGGAGAGGAGGACAUUGAGGAGGACAAUGCACAUAGGACACAAUAUGUUCAAGUGACUGUAAAUGGACAAUGUUUAAAUGCUCUGUUGGACACUGGUAGCUCGGUAUCAUUACUUAAAAGAAGUCAUAUGCCACAUGUUCCAUUUGUUAAGCUGGUCACUGUACAAUGUGUUCAUGGGGAUGUAAAGCAGUACCCUCAGACAGAUGUUAAUGUAUGUGUACAAGAUCAGAUUUAUAUGUUGAAUGUGGCUAUUGUGGACGAUUUACCUGCUGACAUGAUUUUGGGGAGAGAUUUGCCAGUGCUUACGGAACUGUUACAAUCGGGGAAAGACUGUGUAAAUACUUCUGCCAAUGUUGCUUGUCCUGUUGUGACACGGGCCCAGGUUAAAGCAGGUCUGCAGCCAUUGCCAGACUUCCACCAUAGUCUGUUGCAAGGUGGGACUAAAGGCCCCAGAAAGACACGUCGUCAACGACGACUAGAGAAAGGUCUCGGUGCCCCGGCUCCUAAGAUCCAAACUGAGGGUCUUGAAGUUCAUGGCUGGAAGGUCCCGGAGAAUAUUGCAAAAUUACAGAGAGCUGAUGUAUCCUUAAAACUACUGUUUGAUAAAGCGUUUAAGGGGAACCAAGCUGACUUGUGUGGGGAAAAGUAUGUAGUCAUUAAUGAUGUACUGUAUAUGCAAACCCCUGAAUUCACCCGUUUGGUUGUACCUACAUGUUGCCGUCCUGUUGUUUUACACCUAGCACACAGUGUUCCCUGGGCAGGUCAUAUGGCACUUCAUAAAACAUAUGCUCGCAUAAGCUCACGAUUUAUUUGGCCCUCCAUGUACACUGAUGUUCAGAAUUACUGCACCACAUGCCCCACAUGCCAAAAAACCAGUGCUGUGCGUUGA